AAGUUCAUUCUUAUAGACGAAAACAUAAGAUCCUUAAACAUCAAGAUUAUAAUAUACUAAGGAUGUCUAAGGAAAGAAUAUCUUUUGAGGGAAAAAAUUACUCCCAUCGAUGCCAACUCUUAUUUCCUCUAGCAAAGAUAGUUUUUUUCGCAGUCGUCUUGUCUUCUAUCUUUCCUAAUGCAGAUGCAUUUGAUCCAUUGGAUCCAUUUGGUAACAUCACAAUAAAAUGGGAUGUCAUGUCUUGGACACCAGAUGGCUAUCUGGCUGUAGUAGCAAUGCAUAAUUUCCAAAUGUAUCGGCACAUUAUGAGCCCUGGAUGGACUUUAGGAUGGAACUGGCCAAAGAAAGAAGUGAUAUGGUCCAUAGUGGGAGCAGAAACAACAGAGCAAGGUGACUGUUCCAAGUUUAAAGGAAAUGUACCAUAUUGCUGCAAGAAGGAUCCUGUUCUUGUUGACUUGCUUCCUGGAGUUCCUUACAACCAACAGUUCAGCAACUGCUGUAAAGGUGGUGUUCUCGCAUCUUGGGGCGAAGAUCCUUCUGAGUCGGUAUCUUCCUUUCAGAUUAGUGUUGGACUUGCUGGAACAUCAAACAAGACAGUAAAACUACCCAAGAAUUUCACUCUGCUUGGUCCAGGACCAGGCUACACUUGUGGCCCUGCAAAGAUAGUUCCAUCCACAGUUUUCCUCUCUCCAGAUCACAGGCGAAAAACUCAAGCAAUGAUGACCUGGAAUGUGACAUGCACCUAUUCUCAGUUUCUGGCAUCCAAGUACCCGAAAUGUUGUGUUUCUUACUCAACAUUCUACAACGACACCAUCACUUCUUGCCCAUCCUGUGCUUGUGGUUGCAGUCAUAAACACAACUGCAUCAUGGGAGACGACGAGAAACUGAAAAAAAAGGGAAUAAACACUCCAAGAAAGGAUAAUGAACCAUUACUACAAUGCACCCACCACAUGUGCCCAAUACGCGUGCAUUGGCAUGUUAAGCUCAAUUACAAGGAUUAUUGGCGAGUCAAGAUUGCUAUAACUAACUUCAAUUACAGAUUGAACCAUACACAGUGGACACUAGUGUUACAACAUCCUAAUCUCAACAAUGUGACUCAAGUUUUCAGCUUCAACUACAAGCCUCUCGCCCCCUAUCAAUCCAUUAAUGACACUGGCAUGUUCUAUGGUAUGAAAUUUUACAAUGACCUCUUGAUGGAAGCUGGACCUUCGGGGAAUGUUCAGUCUGAAGUACUUAUGCAAAAGGACAAGAAUACAUUUACACUCAAGUCAGGAUGGGGAUUUCCCCGGAGAGUCUACUUCAACGGAGAUGAAUGCAAACUUCCCCCUCCGGAUUCAUACCCAAUUUUGCCCAACUCUGCUGAAAAAGGGCCAUUCAAAUUUUCAAGCACUGCAAUUUGCACAAUUUUGAUCAUUUUCGUCACCUGGUAACAGAAAAAAAUCAUCCGAUGGCACUUCCUGUAACAUUUAGACUGUUUUCCAUCAUCAAGAACUUGCUUAGGUUGUUAUAUCUUGCAUGCAUGAGGAGAAAAUAGUGAAAUUGAACCUUUGUUCAUUUUAUUUCAUAUAUGUAGAUAUGACAGUUUUCUUACGUA